AUGGGUCACCAGCAGCUCCACUGGAGUCACCCUCGCAAAUUUGGCCAGGGGACUUGGUCAUGCUGCGUCGGUUUGAACCAGCACGGCCUGAUCCGCAAGUAUGGCCUGAACAUGUGCCGCCAGUGCUUCCGGCAGUACGCAAAAGACAUCAGCUUCAUCAAGUCGUACUAA